ACUGUGUUUGAUGAUAAGCCUAAAGCUCCUGAAGAACAAGAGAAGCUUCCUAAAGAUGAACUUUCACUUCCCAAACCAUUGGAAGAUGAACCAUCUGAUGAUGACGAAAAGGAUGAAAAGAAAAUUUCGCUCAAAUCUCCGGCAGAUAAGUUAUUAAUUCCUUUUAAGGAUCCAAAUGUGACAAACAAAUCUGUUACUUCCUCCUAUUCAUCUACCAGCUAUUCUGAUAUUCGCUCAACUACAUCAACAGUGAUUUCUUCUAGGAUGUCUGAGCAUAGUUUUGUUACAGAUUCGAAAACUGUUGAGUCAGAUUCUCUAGAAAGCAACAUUUCCAAUGUCUCGAAAUUAUUGGCACAGCCAUAUAAUGCAGAUGAUGAUAAAACUUCAAGAAAACAAUCAAUUAAAUCAGAAUUAAGCGAGUAUAUGGGUGAAGAUGAAUUGUAUUCAACAGAUAUCACAUCAUCCUCAAUGACAUAUGUCAGCGAUCCUUUAGAGUCUAAAACUGACACAACUACAUCAGAAGAUGAUCAUAUGCACCCUUUGAAAUCUUUAACUCAAACCAGAGAAGCUUUGAUUGAUUAUGUCAAAGAAGAUGUCACCAAGACAGUUAGAAUUGGUUCUGAAAAGCUGACGUCGUUAAUGUCUGUAACAUCUAGCAAAUCUGAUAAACAACAAAGUGAUUUAUCGCCAGAUUCAUUUAUUUCUGGCCCUCAAGAUACUCAGUACGAAAGAUCAAUCUCAUUCUCUGAUAACGCUGCUUCUGAUGUUUCAAGUGAAUGCAAAUUCGAAGAAACUGUUGUCACGUUACCAUACGACAGCGAAAAAGAUGAUCACACAACAGAAAGUAUAACACGUAGCAGUAGCAGCAUGAGUAAAACUCAAGAACUUAAUAAAAAUUAUAAGCAACUUGCACAAGAAUCUAGAAUUGAACACACAAGUUCACCUCAAAGUGACGUAACUGAAUUCACAGAAAGCAUGUCAAUAGCUGACUCUGUUUUAGAAGGAGUAAUAGCUGAUGUUAAAGCUGCUAAAGCUUUGAGAUCAUCAGUGUCAUCAGUUGAUGAUCGUACACCUGACUCACCAAAAAGCGAGUCUGGCAAGAAAAAACUUAAAUGCACUGACAUCGUCUUAAAUAAAGUUCCCAAACCUUUAAUGUCUUACAAGAAAAUUGAGAAGAAAGACGUCGUUGAAACUCCGUCUAAAGUUCAAGAAAAGGAAACAACAAAAACUGACAGCAAAGGAAAAUCUUUGACUAUCACAAAAACUUCAACACGUAAAAGCAACAUAGUUUCCAAGCCUCAAACAAGUGUUGAAGUAUCGAAAAGCUCAACAAUGGUUACAAAAACUACAUCAAGAGUAUACGGAUACAUGCAGUCGACAGUAUCGCGUGACCAAAAAAUUGGGAAAGUAACUCAUAUUGCUCAAAGGUCAACCACACAUUCAACCAGCGAAAGUGAUUCCUCUAAAGUAGAGAAGAAACACGUUUUCAUUGAAGACAAAAAGGAUCAAAUCGAAACAAUCGAAUUUAAACAAGAAAAUGAUAACAUUAAGAAAGCGACACCUUCGCCGACAAAAAAAUCUUAUGUUGUUGAUAACAAGACAAGAGAUCAAAGCAGCAUCCAGAAAAGAUUUACAAAAACAGUUCCUAAAGACACAAAAGAGAAGUCAAAAUCUCCAAGGAUUUCUGAAUCAGAUAAAUCUGAGAAAACUUCUUCCACCACAUCAACAUCAACGACUAUGUCGAAAAUGUUGAAAGAUAAAAAGAAUUCCAGUUUGAUUCCCAUCAAAAAACUCUCAACAACAGAAAAACCUCAAACCGAUAAAGCCCAGAAACAAAUUUCUAAGAAAGACACAUCAAUUAUUACGUCAAUAAGCGAGAACAAGUCUCAUGUUGUUGAAAAGACUUCGACAACGAAAACUUCCUCGAUCAAGAAAUCCUCAAAGCAAGUACAAAAAAUCUCUUCAACAACUAAAGUAAGUGAUAAACCGACUGUGAUCAGCAGGAAAAAGAAAAAGACUGAAAGAGAUGAACGAAGCGAUUCACAAGAUUCGCUAGAUAUGAAAAAGAAAGUUACACAAAAAGUUCAAAAGGUUGAAAGUGUGAGCGUCUCGUCAUCUCGUAAGAAGACAUCGCGAGUAAAAGCUCCAACAACAACCGCAAUCACUCAGGCAGAAAUUUCUUACCGCAGUCAGUCUGCAAUGCAUUAUGCUAAUAAAGAUAGUAUCACAUUUCAACACGAUGAAAUCCCGUCGUCAAUGCCUUCAAGUCCCAACCACGAUGAGAGAGAUGUAAUGAAAUCUUCCGUAACUGUCGAUAAAGAAUCCAUUUCACCAAUACUUGAAUUCCAGGCUGUUUCACCACAGAGACAAAAGCACAAAUUCACUUACGAGAAAAAAGGGCAAGAAUGUCGUCGAAGAAAAGGAAAGUCUAAGAAUUCACAACAGAAACCAAAAUCAAACUUUCUCGAUACUAAGUUUUAUGUUGACCUGAAUGCUAGUGGUCAUACUGAUGUUGAAGAUUUAGAUGUGGAAGAAGAUGAUGUUUUGUUGAAAGAUAAAAGUUACAAGUCGUCGUCAACCGACCCUGAAACUUACAGAAAAGCGUCAACAAGUAAUGCAGAUGGUAAAACUGAUAUUGAAUACAUAUCAGAUGAUGGCACUUUAGACUUGUUAAGAUUUUCUCCUGAAAUCAAAAUCACUUCAUUGAAUGAUUUUCAAUUUGAAGCGUGCACUUUGAUGUCAUUUUGUGAAAGUUUGGAUACAAAACAAAAUAUAAAGUUUGAAUUGAAGAUGCCAGAGAUUAGAAUGAUCUCUCCAACUUCUGAAAGAUAUCAAACGAAUACUGACGUUGAAGAUAUUCAAUGUCAAUCUGAUACCGAUGAUGCUGCAACUUCUCUUUCGCGAGCUCAAACUUCAACUCCAAUCGAGUUGAAUUGUAAUCUUGAUGAUUUGUGCAGUUCGCAUGUUCAUGAAAUUCACUCUGGAGCUUUUGAUAAAGUUUCAGAACAUGAGUUUAAAUUCGAAAAAUCUGUUACUGAGGGAACUGAAGAAAAGGAUUCUGGCGGUGCAAAAGAACAACGAAGUCAUCUUACUAAACUUCCAUCUGUUGAUUUACCAAAGCCAACACCACGACUAACCAAAUCAUCUACAAAUGAUACUAACAAUUCAUCGAUGUCAUCGGAAAUUGAUGGCAAUUCGAUGUCAAGCACAAGUUUAACAAUCAAUAAUCAGAAAAAUGAUUCGGAACAGAAUGCGUCUGAUGAACAUUCAACAAGUGGCGACAGUUUCCAGAAAAAGAAACAAUUCUGGGAGUCAUUUGAUCAUCCAAUUUUGCCACAGCCAAUUCCUAAGCCACGAAUUGCUGGUCAUUCAUUUGACACUGAUACAAGCAUCAAGUCACUUCCUGAUUCAAAACAAUUGUCGCGUGACGAUGAAUCUUAUCAUGCUGAUGAUCGUUUGGAAGAUGAAAGCUUUCCGAUUUCAGAUUCAAGUGCUUCGGAGCAGAAAGAUGAUAAGAAAAAGAAGCUUAUAACUGACAUGGACAAAAUUGAAAGUUUCGAAGGAUCAGAAACUGACGAUGAAGCUGCUGCAAGAUUCUACAUUGGUGAAUCAAGCGAAAAUGUUAUCAAGAAAAGUUUACAUGAAAAACGUGCUGACUUUGCGUUUGAUAAUCAAGGCUAUGAAUGUUCAAUCGAUGCUGACAAUGAAGAAUCAAUUCAAUCAAGAGAUUUCGUUCAUGAUAAGAUUGAAAUAUUUGACGAUUCAAUUUUAUCAACUGAUGGAACUCGAAUUGAAAAUCUUUUGGUUGCGACAUCGACAGGAAAAGACUCGAAAACUGAUUUGCGAGAAAAAAGUGAAUUUGAAGUUUCCGAAAAACUUUCACGACAACAGUCAGAAGAAGGUGAAAUUGCUGUUAAACGACCACAAAAAACUCUUGAGGAAGUUGAAGAUUCGCUUGAUGCAGUUCAAGAAGAAUUAAUUGAAGUUGUAAAAGAUGGAAAGUUGAUUAAACAAUCACCAAGUGAAUUUGAAAUAAAUAUUUUACCAAACUUGAAAUAUCCAGCAAGCAUUCCUGAACAAGAAGAACUUCCUGACACACCCAAGAAGGAACCAGUCAUUAAAAUAAAAGAACCUGAACCAGUAAUAUCAACGACAACACGUCAUUCAGAAACUGAAGAGUCACAACAUUCAUCAAAUGAUGAAUCAUUCAACAAACUCGACAUCAUUCAACGUAAAGGAAAAUCAAAGCAAAGUUCAAAUCGCUGGUCAGCGACUGACAUCGAAUCAAGCUCUGAAAGUCAUUAUCAAAGCUUUGAGAAGACUGACAGUCGACCAUUGUCAUCUGAUGUUGAAAAUCUUAUUCAAUAUCAAUCAUCAGAAUAUGAAACAGCUCAUGAUCAGUCGAAUGUUCCAGCGGGAUCGACACUUGAAUACCACAGUGCAGUAAGUACAUUAAAUUCCCAAACUAUCAGCUCUCGUGACAGCAUGAAGAGUCUUGAUUCUGAGAGUUCUGGAAACUUGGCAAGUGUUGAAGUUUCUGAAGCAUCCGAAACACUUAUUCCUUCAACAAUGGAAGACUUUGACGAUCAUUUACACACUGAUUUGAUGUCACAUGACACAGACAAUGACGAAAAGGAAAAGUUUACAAGUUUAGAGUCGGAAGUUUUAAGUACAAAGAGUGAAGAUGUUUCACCACCAAUUGCACCAGCUAUGAAACGAUCUCAUGAAAUGACUUUUGCACCUGACAUUCGACCAAUUAUUGGUUCGGUGGAAAUUUUGGAUGAAUCAAAGUUUGACGAGAAGCUCGGUCAAAGUGUCGAAGAUUUGAAAUAUGGAAGUUGGGAAGAAUCAAAGUUCGGAUCGAGUCUUGAAGAGGGAAGCAUGUUGUCAGUGUCGAUUUCAAGUGCAUCAAAUCUCGAAACAAUGGUUGAGAUUCAUUCUGAACAAGUUGCUGACAUGAUGGGAUCGUUGGUUGGAAGUUAUGACAGUGCAAAAAUCUUCACAACUUUCCCUGAUGAUCCCACGGGAUUUACACCACCAGAUUAUGAAACAACACCAAAACUUGAUCAAAACAUUAUGACCAUGCAUCAAGAAGAACAGAAGAUUGUUGAGUCACAAGUUGCAAGCUCAUCACCAGCAACCGAUGAAAGUGUUGAAUCGAUGAAGAAACGUGGACAUAAGCGAACUGACAGUAAAAGUGUCUUUGCUGGUGGCUUCGUAAAACCAGGAAGUAAAGAAUCUUCUGAUUCAUUCGAAGACGAUGUUGCACCUCAUGAAGACUCUUCAGACAUCAUUUCAUCGGAAAAAGAUGAAACUCAUGGUGAAUCAUCUGAUUCCGAGUAUGAUCGCUAUGAAACUGAAUACGUUCGAUCAUUCCGAAGUCCAAUAACACCAGGAUCAAAAAUCAAACCUAAAGAAAAAUUCCCAGAUGAAGAGAAGAAAUCAUUUUCACCUGGUCAUUCAGUGAUUGAAACAAUUGUUGAAGAUGUUCACGCUGAAACUGAAUUGAGUGCUGAUCAUGUUCAAAAGAAAACACCAAAAGUUCUUGAUUAUGAAAUUCCAAAUAUUCAGGUCACUGACGAGAUCAUCAUUGAGUUGCAAGAUGAAGCAAGCGAAGAAGUCAAACCGUUGGUGACUCAAGAGAUGAAACCAACGCAAAGCGUUCAAUAUGCUAAGCAAGUUGAGUAUAAAAUGACGGAAGAAGAAUAUCAAGACAUUCUCGCAAAGAAAUAUCAAUCACGACUUCAAGAUCUUACCAAAUCUUAUGACGAUCAAAUGUACGAAGAUGAUCAACAACCAUCACCUGGAAGUGACUCAUUUGAAAUGCUUAACGAACCUGAUCUCUCUGAUGAGUUUGUGAUUGUUGAAGAAGUCGCUAAAGAAGCUUCUGAGUUUGAUCAAGAAGGUAAAAGUCGAAUAAUUCAACAACAAGCUGCGAAAUAUGUGAGAAAGCAUGAUGAAGAUAUGGAGAAAUACAUCGUGAAAUCAGCUCCAGCAGCUACUGAUGCGGGUUCAACUUUUGCAACACAAGACAUCAACUUUGAGUUUGAAGAUUCACCACCAAGAGAUGAUGAAGGUGAAGAACCGACACGAGGUGGAAAUGGAUACUCACUCGAAGGAAGCAAACGUUGGGUUGAGAUGAAUCUUUCUGAUCCAGCAAACUUGCGCUAUCCUUACGAUAUGGAUCGUGGAAUUUUAGAAGACAUUAAAGAAGAAGACACCGAUUUUGAAGUUGGAAGUAGUCGAAUUAGUAGCUUCAAAGAUUCAUAUUCAAGCACACCCGAUUACGAUGCAUUGGUUCGUAAAUUAAACUCGCGUGAUCAUGACAAUGCUUCGAUGAGUAGUUUGCAAGAAUUUGAAAGUUUGGAACAUGUCAUUUCACUUGAGAAUCGUCGACAACAGACACAAAGCUCACAAGAAUCGUUGAGUAAUGGAAGUUUACCGAAACGUCAUCUCUCGAAAAGCGUGCAAGGUGAUGAUAUAAGUUUGUCAAGUUUGAAGGAAUUUGAAGGGUUGGAAAAUGCGUGUUUGGAAGCACAUUUGAUAGAAAUUAAAGCGAAAGAAGAAGCAGCUUUGUUGCUUUCACGUUCGGAUGAAUCAAGUAAAUCCUCAGGUAGCUCGAAUGGAGCAAAAUCAAGUCCGAAGUCAUCUUCAUCACCAGGAACAUCAUCAAAAGUCACAGCUACUACUAUCGUAUCAUCAACUGUCGUCAGAGGAAAACAAUCGUCACAUUUGCAACAACAAAUGGCUCAGGAAUUUGUAAAACUUCAACAACGUGCUCAAGAAAUCAUGGAAGAUAAAAGUAUUAGCAUUAUGGAAGCAUCGACUGAUAGCUUGGAAGAUGACAAGAAUGUCAUGAAAAAACUUUAUGACAAAUCUUCAGCGCCACAUCUCAGUAGUGACAGUUUGGAUAACAAAGCAUCAGCUGAUCCAAUGACAAGUUCUGUCGAUUCGAUUGAAGCUUCAGCAUCAAAAGGUGCAGUCACAGGAAGAUCAUCAGAUGUUGAUUCAAUAGAAAAUUCUUCACCAAUUAAACGACGAAGUGACAGCAUUGAUUCGAUUGAAUUACAAUUUGCAGCAAGUGAAAGAUCAAAAUUGGAACGUGACAGCAUUGAUGGUACAAUAACCAUUGAAUCGAGUUCAGGAAGUGGAGCGAGAGUUGUGACACAAACAGUCACAAAGUCAGUUACUUCGCAACCAGCAGGUUCGAGUGGACAAUCAACAACAACAGUAACAUCAACAGUUGUUCAUUAUGAUAUGCCACCAAGGGAUAUUUCAAGUGAUUCGUUGAAUGCCGAUCAAGAUCUUUUAUUGACAAGCACCGAUAGCAUUGAGACAAGCUCAACAGCAACAAAUGCAACUUACAGAAAUGCGAAUGACUCGCAGAUGUCUGGUAGCAUUACAAGUUGCGAUUCAAACACCAUGAUUGAUACUUUGGAUAACACAUUCCCAGACUUUUAUUCACCAUCGUCAUCAUCCCAUCAAAUUCAUCAAGCAACAACAUCAACCACAACAACAACUUAUUCAUACAAAGAAAAUGAAAAUCUUCUGGAUGACGACUUUCCAGCUAAACCAUCGAAAAUACCAAAAAAAUCAAAUCAAGUGACU